AUGACAGACGUUCUAUCCCUCUUUUCCCUCAACGGGACAACCGCCCUUGUCACCGGUGGCACACGAGGCAUUGGCCAAGCCAUGGCCCUCGCCUUGGCCGAGGCCGGCGCCGACGUUAUCCUGGUUCAGCGCGACAACACCAACACAUCCACCAAAGAUCAAAUCACCAAGCUCGGCCGUCAAGCCUGGAUCCACGUCGCAGAACUAGGAGAUCGGCAAGCCGUCAAAAACAUCAUCCCCGCCGUGACCAGCCAAGGCCUCAAGCCCGAGAUUCUAGUGAACUGCGCCGGGAUUCAACGGCGACACGCGAGCGAACAGUUCCCAGACUCGGACUGGGACGAGGUUCUAGAAGUAAAUCUCUCCUCGGUAUUCGCGCUCUGCCGGGAAUUCGGCGCAUACCUGCUUGCCCGUGAUGCCUCUGAGUUCCCUUCUGGCCGUCGGGGUUCUAUCAUCAACGUCGCGUCGCUACUCACCUUCCAGGGUGGAAUCACAGUGCCAGCCUAUGCGGCGUCCAAGGGGGGUAUUGGACAGUUAACUAAGGCGUUGUCUAAUGAGUGGAUCGCCAAGGGUAUUAAUGUGAACGCUAUUGCCCCUGGAUAUAUCGCGACCGAUAUGAACACUGCUCUGAUCAACGAUGCCAACCGCAAUGCGGGAAUCAUGGCGCGUAUCCCUGCUGGCCGAUGGGGGAAUCCCGAGGACUUUAAGGGGGCCGUGGUGUACUUGGCCAGUCGGGCUAGUAGCUAUGUGUCGGGGGAUAUUCUCACUGUGGACGGUGGCUGGAUGGGGCGGUGA